CCGACGCUGCAGCACAGCGACUACACCGUCGGCUGGAUCUGCGCCCUCCACAUCGAAAUGGCCGCCGCCCGCGCCAUGCUCGACUGCGUCCACAAGCCGCUGCCCAUGGGCGCCAAGGACAGCAACGCCUACAUCCUGGGCAGCAUUGGCCCGCACAACAUCGUCAUGGCCUGUCUCCCCGUGGGCCAGUACGGCACCAAUAACGCCGCCAACGUCGCAAGCAACAUGAACAGGAGCUUCCCCUCCAUUCGCAUCCGGCUGAUGGUCGGCAUCGGAGGCGGCGUCCCCAGCCAGAACACCGACGUCCGGCUCGGCGAUGUGGUCGUCGGCUGCCGGAUCAUGCAGUAUGACCUGGGCAAGGUGGUUGGAGGCGGCGAAACGUUGCCGACGGGCAUCCCGAGGAUCACUCCGCCAGACCAUUCGACGCACGUCUCCAGCCUCCGCGCGAUUCAUGAGAUGAAGCCCAGCAGAGUACCGGCUAUUCUACAGGAGAUGCACCACAGGCACCCCGGGAUGACCAAGUACGCUUAUCCAACUUCGCCGGAUCGCCUCUUCCGGGCCGCGUAUGAGCAUGUCCUGGGCGCGUUUGACUGCAGCACAUGCAGCGAGGUCAAUCUGGUCGCUCGCCCUCCACGGUUGAAUCGUGACCCGAUGAUUCACCAUGGUGGCAUAGCUUCUGGCAAUCAAGUCAUGAAGCAUGCGGAGAGCCGAGACAAGAUUGCCCAAGCGUUUGAUGUGAUCUGCUUCGAGAUGGAGGCGGCCGGCUUGAUGGACUACUUUCCAUGCUUGGUCGUUCGAGGUAUCUGUGAUUAUGCAGAUUCUCACAAGAACAAGCAAUGGCAAGAGUACGCCGCGGCGGCAGCAGCAGCAUAUGCAAAGGAGUUGUUGGAAGAGAUGCCAUCCUUCGAGACGAUCCACUAUAUAUCGGGAGACGCUCUGCACGUCACAAACACAGACGACUUCACAAUUCGCAAAAAGGAGCUCCUCAACUCCCUCCGCUUCGACCAACUCGGCUCUCGCCAGUCCAACAUCGAGGCCGCCCACGAAGAGACAUGCAGCUGGUUCCUCGAACAUCCCACCUACCUAGCCUGGCUCAACACCAAAGGGCUGUCCACGCAUUACGGCAUCCUCUGGCUCGCGGGAAAGCCAGGAGCCGGCAAAUCCACCAUCAUGAAGUUCCUCUACACCCACCUCAAACAACAAGUCCAAGACGACUCCGCCUCCUCCUCCGCCAUAAUCUCCUUCUUCUUCAACGCCCGGGGCGAACUCCUCGAAAAGUCCACAACGGGCAUGUACCGCUCCCUCCUCUUCCAGCUCCUGCAAACCUUCCCCGACCUCCGAUCCGUCUUUGACGACUUCACCCUCAUCCCCGAGGACAAACACACGUGUCCUCCAACAAACAUCAUCCGCAAGCUCUUCCGCAACGCCGUCCUCCUGCUCAACAACACACGCACCCUGACCUGCUUCAUCGACGCCCUCGACGAGUGUGACGAGCAGCAAGUUCGCGACAUGGUAAGCUACUUUGAGGACCUCGGCCGCGAAGCAAUCAAGCGCGGCAUCCAGCUCCGAAUCUGCUUCUCUAGCCGUCAUUAUCCCUACAUCUCCAUCGAGCACGCUCUCCGACUCACCCUCGAGGACCAACAGGGGCACAGCCAGGACAUGGAGCGGUACGUCAAAAGCAGAUUCAAGCCCAGCCCCGAUCGCUUCGGCGACGUCCAGGCACAGAUCCUGCACAAAGCAGCAGGGGUCUUCAUGUGGGUUGUCCUUGUAGUCGGCAUACUGAAUGCGGAAUUCGAUCGAGGCCGAAUCUUUGCUGUGCGCAAACGACUCCAGGAACUCCCCGUCGGGCUCAGCGAUCUCUUCAAGAACAUCCUCCGGAGAGACGACGACAACAUGCAAGAGCUCCUGCUCUGCAUCCAAUGGAUCCUCUACGCGAAACGCCCCCUCAGACCCAAAGAGUUCUACAUCGCCCUCCUGUCAGCAUCCCCAGACGAUGCCCUCUCCGAAUGCGACGUCUCCCACCUGACCAGCGACAUACUCGAAAAGUUCGUCAUCAGCUCAUCAAAGGGCCUCGCCGAAGUGACAAAGUCCACCCACCCCACGGUCCAGUUCAUCCACGAGUCCAUCCCAGACUUCCUCCUCAAAGACAGGGGCCUUCUCGAGCUCUGGCCCGACCUGAGCACCAACAUCGAAGCCUCCAGCCACAACACCCUCAAGCAGUGCUGCCACUCGUACUUCAAGCUCGGUGCGCCAUAUGAUUCCGCGGUAGAGAAGAUUCUCCUCGGAGGAAAACGAGCGACAGAGAGAAAGUUCCCCUUUCUCGAAUAUGCCAUCUCGCACAUGCUCUACCACGCAAACAUGGCCGCGCGCGAAAUUCCCCAGAACAAAUUCGUCUCUCAGUUGCACAUUAAACACUUCAUCACCCUCAGCGCCUUCAUCGUAGCAGAGUACAACCUGCUUCCGAGCUCGUCAGACCCAAGCCUCAUCUACAUCCUUGCCGCAGAAGGACUCUCCAACCUGAUCCGUACAUUAUGGCCUCUCCCAGCCUCCCAUCUCGACGUCCCGGGAGGACAAUUUCGAUACCCCCUUUUCGCCGCGUUAAUCUACAAACACAGAGACGCCGUCCGUGCUCUUUUGGGAUGGGACGCAUCCCCCGCCAACAAAGAAGAAGAAGAAGAAGAAGAACUCAUGGGCACCAUGAGAUAUGAAGUCCAAUAUGCCAUCACCAGAAGCCAAACGCCUCUCCACUGGCUCGUCACCAACAACAAGGGAACCACGGUUCGGCAGCUCCUCAAGCUGGGCGCAUCAAUCGACGCAAGAGAU